CCUUCCCUUUACUCUCGCCGCCGAAUGUACAGCUCUCCGGCCUUGCCUCCUCCGUCUGUGUGUGAAGCGAGGAUUGGCUGUCGGACCGACCGCUCAACACUCCUGCCAAUCACGGUCGGCACCUCCUCUUUUCUCAGCACAGGACACACCCCUCCACAUCGCGGCCAGCCUGGGGCGGCCGCCGCCUCCCAUUCCUCCGCAGCAUUGCCCAGACGCUGUAGUCCCGCCUCCCCGGACAGGGCGCCGCAAAGCCCGCCCUUCUUCCUACUCCUCCCGCUGAGUGGGUCGCUGGUGAAGGACUGCCGUUUCCUAUUGGUUCUGCCACUGCCACUCUGGCGCGCGGCCCGGUCGGCUCGCCGCUGCCCCCUAGCCCUGCAGGCCCCGCCCGCCGCCGACCCGCCCUCCGCAGAGUCACGUGAUGUUUUCGCCGCGGUACUGCCGCCGCCGCCCGUGAAUGCGAGUGGCCGGAGCGACCGGCGGAAACGAGCUGGGGGUGCAGGAGGCACCGCCCGCUUCCCAUGCGUGGGGCGCUUCUCCGGUGAGCGUGGAUUCCCUCUGCCCGCCCUGUGCCUCGUCCCUGGCGGUACCGGACCCUGCGUGGCCCCUAAGAUGGCGAGCGGGAUGAAUGGCUCGGGCGGUGGCGGCGGCGAGGAGGAGCCGGGCGCCCGGCAGACGGGAGGCGGAGCCGCACCCCAGCAGGAGCCCGGCGUGCUCGGCGCGGCUGCGGGCGAGGGGGAGCCGGCGGCGGGCGAGUGUGGGCGCUGUCCGUCCCCUCAGCCACACCACCUGCUGCUGCUGCUGCGACGCUCGCCCAGCGCUUCGCUGUGUCCGGCGCCCGAGGCCGCCCCCGCUCCGGGCCGGGCCAUUCCCUCGGCGGGUCGCAGCGGGCAGCCCCCCACGGUGGGCCGCGGCGCCGGCGAGGACGUGAGGAAGUGUGGGUACCUGCGGAAACAGAAGCACGGGCACAAGCGUUACUUCGUCCUGCGGGCCGAGAGCCACCUGGCCCCUGCCCGGCUGGAGUACUAUGACAGCGAGAAGAAGUUCAAGAGCAGCCUGCGGGCGGCGGGGGCUGGCGGGCCGGCCGCGCUGUGCUGCCCCCCGCCUAAGCGGGUCAUUCCCCUGUACCAGUGCUUUACUGUGAGCCGCCGCGCCGACGCUAAGCACAAGCAUAUCAUUGCCCUGUAUACCAAGGACGAGUACUUCGCCAUGCUGGCCGAGAACGAUGCCGAGCAAGAGGCCUGGUACCAGGCCAUUAGCGAGCUCAUGAAUCAGAGCAAGAGGGGCUUCCUGGAGCAGGAGGACCAUGCCGAUCAGCAGAUGGACGAGGAUGAUGAGCACUAUGGGGCUGCUCUGAGGCCUGGUACUGUGUUCAAGGAGGUGUGGCAGGUCAACGUGAAGCCCAAAGGCUUGGGACAAACGAAAAACCUCACUGGAGUGUACAGGUUGUGUCUCUCCAGCAAGGCCAUCCACCUUGUCAAGCUGAACUCGGAGGUACCUUCUGUUCACUUGCAGCUUAUGAAUAUUCGCCGCUGUGGACACUCAGAGAAUUUCUUCUUUAUUGAAGUGGGCAGAUCAGCCUCUAUUGGACCUGGAGAACUCUGGAUGCAAGUGGAUGAUUCGGUUGUUGCCCAAAAUAUGCAUGAGACUUUUCUGGAUACCAUGAAAGCUCUGAAGGCCUUUGCAGAGUUCAGGCCCCGAAGCAAGAGCCAGUCUUCUGGUGGUGGCAGCAGUACCAACCCCAUCUCGUUCAUCACCACCAGGAGGAAUUUGGGCAACCUACCCCCCAGCCAGACAGGCUUGCAGAGAAGAUCUAGAACUGAGAGCAUUGCUGGAGGGACUCCUCCUACCACCAAAAGCAACAACUCCUAUCGCUUCAGAACAUCCAGUGAAGGAGAAGGAACCAUGACUAGACCUUUUAGGUCAGUGACUGGGAGUCUGAUCCACCUGAAUACUGCAAGAAUGAAUCUGGGCCGGCAAGAAGGGAGUGGAAGGUAUGUGAGAGCUGCUUUCAGUUCAUCUUACCACACCAGAUCUGCUUCGCUGCCUGUUUCUCAUUUUCCCUCCACCACAAGUCCCAUCAGUGUUUCUUCCAGCAGUGGCCAUGGUUCUGCUUCAGACAUGCUAACCAGGCCUUCUAGCUCAUCUGUUUGUGGUUCCCCAAGUGAUGGGGGAUUCAUCUCUUCUGAUGAGUAUGGCUCCAGCCCUGGAGAUUUCAGGUACUUUAGGGUGAGGAGUAAUACACCAGAUUCCUUGGGAAACACACCACCUAUCAGAGAGGAGAACUGUCUGAGUGAAUACAUGUCCAUGAAUAAGCAACAGGGAGAUGAUGGCUCAAGAGAUGAUUAUAUGGAGGCUGAAAAAUGUUUCAGGAAAAGAACUUACUCUCUAACAAAGCCAACUUCUGUAGCAGUGCAGCAGAAGACAACACAAACUACAGUUUUGUUGGAUGAAGACUCUGCCAGAAAUCAUGGACAAUUACUUUACUCUGAAACACCAAAAUUGAAAGAUAACCAUGAACUGGAAUACAGUGACACUAACCUUGAUUCCAUGUGUAACCAAAGCAGGAGUAAAGCCAGGGAUGAUGGGUACAUGCCAAUGAUGCCAGGAGUUGCAUCUUCUCUUUCCAGCACCAGUGAUUACUUGCCAAUGACACCUAAAAGCAUGUCUGUUCCAAAACAGGUUAACAAUUCAUGGUCACCAUCUCAGAUUGACUCCCGAGGCUAUAUGAUGAUGUUUCCAAAGGAUAGCUCUUCACCUGUACGGAGUCCUUUAACUGGAUUUGCUUCUAAAGGAAGUAAUGAGAAGAUCGUAAACAAUGAGUAUAUGGAUAUGUCACCUGGUAGUUCAGUUCCAAAGCAUCACAGUGAUUCAAAUUAUAUUCAUACCACUUCUGUUUCCAAAGGUUUUAGUUCGUAUUUUUCUUUACCCCGAAGCUUUAAGGCAUUAUCAGGACAAAAUGGUGACCACAGUGAAUAUGUUCCAAUGUCUUCACCUGGAAAACUCUUGUAUGAUGCACCGGAAAAUGUAAAGGGGGUCAGCAGUGAGACUCUGGCUAAUGGCGUCUCUAAAUUGCCAGCAUUGAAAGGUUCGGAUGAAGGACUUGUGCAGAACAGGGCUACCAGGCCCACACGAUUGCCCCUAGGUACAAGAGGGAGUAAUACCAUCCCCAGAAUGUAUGAUCGUACAGUUCCACCUGAGCCAGCCAGUCCUGGUGAAUACAUAAAUAUUGAUUUUAAUGAAAAGGCGAGUAACACACCGUAUUCCUUGUCUGCAGAAGGAUCUCCAUCAUCUCUAGGUUCAAGUAGUGACCACAGACAGUCACCGCUCUCUGAUUACAUGAGUGUUGACUUGGAUGUGCAGUCACCAAAAACAGCGAAGGAACUGUCAAACUCUCUAACAGAUAUUUCCAUUUAUGCAAGUUCUGGUAUUCCUAGAAACCAACCAAAUGCUGACUAUCCCAGGCUUCCAUUUGGUGCUGCUUGUGUUAGCACGGCAAGUAACAGGACUGAUGACUACACUGAGAUGACGUUCAACAUGGCAGCAACUCCACCAAGGCCAUUUACUGAAUCUGACAGUGCUGUAAAGAUGGAUAGUCCUUCUUCCAUCGUUAAAAGACUCUGCAUUGUUGAUCAGUGUGCUGGUAGCAAUAGCUUCUCUGUUCCUAGCUGUGACCUUCCUAUAGGACCGAAGGUGAUUCGAGCUGACCCUCAAGGCAGGAGGAGACACAGUUCUGAAACCUUCUCUUCUGCUGGGACUGUGACGACCUCAUCCUCUUUCUUUACUGACAGUAGCAAAAGACACAGCUCUGCCUCAUUCGACAAUGUUUGGUUAAAACCAGAUGAAAGUAUUUCUGAUGGUCAGGAAAGCAAAAUGUCCAGGGAUACCUCAACUGGAUUUCAGAAUGGCUUAAACUACAUUGCUCUGAAUUUAUGCGAUGACCCUCUAAGCUGUGAGGCGAGUACUACGGCGUCAGCUUGCCAUCUCCAAAAUGGUACUUCUGGUUUGGACAGUGGAGCUUACGUAAGCAUAGAUUUCAGCAGAUCAGAUGGGCUGAAGUGUAACGCUACAAGAAAAGUCUCCACAGUAUCCAUGUGUCCUCUGGAGAAGCCUGGGGACCUGGCUGACCAGUAUGGAGGGGGGCUCAGGCAGCCCAUGGCCUUCCCAUUCAUCACCUAGGGCUCAACUGAGAUGUAACCAUUCCCUGGGAUCUGUUUUUUGUGUAGCAGACUGAUUGCAUUGCCAUGGAAACCAUUGUUGGAAGAGAAGACUUUGCUGGUAACUCCAGAAACUGUGUGGUGCUUUUGGAAGCAAAGCUCAGCUCCAGCCAGCUAUUUUCAUUUCCACCAGCACGGACAUAGACACACAUCCGUUUAAUUAUUUUUUUCAUAGAAAUCAGCUCUCUACAAUUGAAUUAAUUUGAAUUGACCUUUUUUCAUAGCUGUGCUUUGGUGAUGGAAUUUGGUCUUUCAUGUCAUAUCUAUUUGGGAGGCAGUGUGAAUGCUAAUAGGACAUCCAUGUAUAUCCCUUUCUUCUUCCUUCCUCUCGUUAAUUUUAAAGAAAAAAUUAUAUUCUGAUAAGUCAAAGCUGGUUUUUCAUUGUCUGUUUAACAUGGGUUUUACUUCUCUGGUACAUUAACAAGUGGUUAGCUUAAAACAUGUAUUGCUUAGAAAUACUUGGGCAGUACAGGAUUUUUCCAGGUGACUGGGUAGAAGGAGAGGUAGAGGUGUACAUUAGCUUGAGGGGUGAACCUGUGGGACUGGAUGGGUCUGAGGAAAAGAGACUUCUUCUGCCUUUUUUUUAUUUUAUUUUUUUUUAAGGUUUUACUUUUAUGGUACAAGAGGUAUUUCUUGAGCAUAGGCUAGAGGCUUUUAAAGCAAGUGUCUGUCAGAGCUUAAAUGGAAAUUUUUUUGCUCAGAAUUUUGGAAUGUACAGAGUAGGAUUAAUGGGCUGCUUGUCUUGUAGUUUGUUUUUGUUCUUGUUUAUAAAUAUGAAUUGUGUAAAAUUAUGUUUUUGUUCAUGGAUUCAAAUGGAGAACUGCAGAGUCGUAUCCAAUGUUUGUGACUUCUGCAUUAGACUUGUCAUCUGUAGCUUUUUAAAGGGAAACCACCCUAGUUGGUCAUGCGUUCAACAAAAGUCCCACUUUUAAUUUGGGACUAUUUUUGUUCUUCCUUUCUGGCAUAAUGGGGAAAAAAGUAAAAUGCUGGCUUAUCAAUUGUCUUUAUCCCACUGACAGAAACAUUAAUAAUGACUAUUUGACAUUUUUAAAAUAAGCCCUGAUUUUUCUACAAUUUAAGUGCUUCACUCUUGUACUGAAUUUUAUUUUGGUUGAAAUGAGUUUAGCUUUUUAAGACUGCUAUGAAUUUAAAAGAGCAUGACACUAGUCAUUGGUACAUGCAAUGGAUUAUAUAAAAGGCACUGAAAGGGUUUCAAAGUGGUACACAAAUCCUCAUGCUGUACUGCACCACACAGCUGGGAAUCCUCCACAAGUAUAUUGUACAAUGGAUGUGCCAGGCUGCCUCACCUCCAACAGACAACCUUUAGAUUGCUGGUAUAAUUUGUGUAACAAAUUAGACACUGUCAGCUUGAAUUGUUCAGUGAUGUGUACCCAGAUCUACUUCUGCGUAGUAAUAAAAUGUACGUGUCACUAAAAUAGGAGGUGAUUGUUUUGUUUUUGUUUUUUUUUAGGAAACGUACCAAUCAGUUUACACAGUGUCUAGUGGCAGGAAAAACUGUUGCUGCAGGGUUUAAAAGCACAGACCUGUUUUUGAUUCUGGAAGAGAUGUUUCAAUUGGUACAAUUACUUGCUGCUAAACAUACAUAAAUUAAAAACACGACCACUCUUAUAGACCAUGAUACUGUCUUGCCAUAUAGCUGUUGGUUGGUCUCAUAAAUGAAUAAUGCAAUACAUAGACAAGUUUUUAUAAAGCUUUACAUCUUUUCUAAGAAAUCAAAAUUUGGAUGAAGAUAGUUCUAAACAUUUAAUGUGAAAGGAAAAGGUUGUUUUGAAGAAAUUUGUUACAUACUUAUUUCAUAUUAGAUUCCCUGAGGCUGCCAUUGUACAAUAUACAGCACUGAUGUAAUACAUGCUGAAUAAAUAAGUAAAUGGGUAACCUCAAGUAUAGUGGUACAAGUACUAAUGGGUACGGCAUAAUAAAUAUGCAAUCUUUUUGAAUCUCAUAGUUUACAGCACCUAAUUUAUUCAGUAUUGUGCUGGAAGAACAUUUUCAGAUGAUGUAAAACAUAUCACUAUAUAUACUAUCUUCCAGCUACCCGUUUAUGCUGCUGUAUAGUACAAAAAUACCAAUGAUAGAACAAUGUUUGUCCUGUAAAUUUAAUUUGAUAUUGGACAGUUACUGUCUGUACAAACUAAAACAUAUAUGGUUGAAACUGUUAAUUAUAUUUGCUAUUUCUGCUCCACAGAUCUGUUUUAAAGUUGGGCUGAUUGAUCUAGCUUUGUCUUCCAUUGUAAAUAUUGUUCUGUUGUUUUCUUUGUAAAACACAUCGCGUUUGCGGUUUUGGGAGACUGGCUUGAAGCUCUGUAUAGUGUUUAUAUUUAUCUGACUUGGCUUUCCAUAGAGCUACUUGCAGUAAAUAUGUGUUCACGUAGCUCUGUGUCUGAGUUUUAUUUUUAAACAAACUUCUGCGUUUUUCUGUCAGACCUCCUGCUGCUUCUCCUGAAAGUGGUUUUGUCACCCUGUGUGUCCCUGAAGAUUUUGAGAAGUUUUUAGCAUUGUUUCACACUAGCAAUUCCCCAUCUCUCCAGUUUUUUUUGACUUAGUCUAGAAGGUAACAUACAGAAAAAGGCCUAGAAGUUUUCUUUGCCAUGGAUUCAUAGUGCCUGUAGACAAUUAAGCUUUGGAAUU